UUUAUUUAGUAAAAUUUAUUCACAAUGUCGUCCAAGUUCCUCAACUUUUCCAUUUUAUGUUUUUCUACGGUUCCAUUUGUUAUUUCGAAUCAUAUCGAAAAUUUAGUAGGAGGAAAUCGAGUACGAAGAGAUACUGAUUUUAACCAAAAUAAUAAUCGUCUUAUUCCCGAUGAAUACGAUGUCAACGAGCCACCACCAACUUUGGAUGGAUCCGUGGUUUAUGUAAACGUCUCCGUUUUGGUACUCGACAUUCGAGACAUCGACGAAAUGCAUGAGUACAUCAGCAUGGAAUACAAAUUAAAGCUAUUUUGGCAAGAUUUACGAUUACAAAAUUUAACCAAACCGGAAGAAGGAUUUACUGUUUUAAGCUUAACCGUAUUGAAGGAAAUUUGGAAACCGGAUAUUUAUAUUGAACACGUUAAAUCGAUUGAAUCGCCUGAAAUAUUAACAAAACCGGCUUCACUAAGAUUAUAUCCAGAUGGAAGACUUCGAUAUUCAGCCAGGUAUUUAACACUGCUUAAUUAUGCAGAAGGGAAAUUAAUUACUAAAAAAACUAUUUGUAGAAUGACGGUGACCGUAGCUUGUCCAAUGAAUUUCAAAUAUUACCCAGCCGAUACGCAGCUGUGUGAUAUUGAUAUGCAAACAUAUGGCUAUCAAACGCACCAACUUCGGUUAGAAUGGGAUAAAACGAACGGCUAUGAAUACGCAGCUAGACUUUCCGACAUGGUUUAUGUCUCUAAUUUUGAAUUGGAUAUGCUGGGCGAUAACAAAUUUGCCCUGCAUUCGACUUCUGGGCCACAGGGACAAGUCUCGCAAUAUAGCGGAUUAAGAUUUACAAUCGUACUUCGCAGGAAUAUUAGCUACCAUUUAUUACAAACUUAUUUGCCAAGCAUUAUUUAUAUGCUGGUCAGUUGGCUGAGUUUUAUCCUCCCCUUGGAAUCUGCCAGUGAAAGAAUGGGCUACUGCGUCACCUGCUUGUUCACCUUAACGAGCACUUUCAGUGCCGUCAGACAGAGCACGCCCAUCGUGAGCUAUGGGAAAAUAUUAGACAUUUGGAUGAUCAUGUGCAUUUUCUUUGUAUUCCUUACACUCGUUCAACAUGCAAUCAUCAGCAAAGUACGAAGGACCAAGAUUAGAGUAAAAAUGAGUCGUGCGAAUGCAAAGAAGCGAAGAAACUGUGGCGAAAACGAGACAUCAUUCACAACCAGUGAUGCUGUUACAAAAUCGAAUGACAAUGGGAAAAAAACGCAUACAACAAUUUAUCAAAAAAUUGCCAAAAAAGCUAAUUUAUAUUUGUCGUUAAUUAUUCCUUUGCUUUUCCUUAUUUUCAAUAUUGGAUACUGGUCAGUUAUCAUUUAUGUCAAAAUUAUGUCGGUAUAAUGAAAUGUAUGUGCAUAAAAAUAUGUGGCGCAGGUGUGUGCACAAAAUAAAUACUAGUUCUGCUAGAUGCGAGGAAUGAGGUAAUUUCCAUUUUUAAAUUCAAAAUUGAUAGAAAUUCAUAGAUUAUCGUCACAUUUAAAGUUCAUGGCUCUCUGUUAAAAAUUACCCUCGCUGUUACAAAGAACAAUUAGAAUAUUCGAAAUAAAAGAACGUAUAUAUUGAUUUCCCCUGUGGAAUAAGAUGUCAGAGAGCAGUUUUCAUGUAAUACAUUGCCCAACCAACCUGUUUU